AUGGUAUUGGCACAUCUCUAUUGCACUGCCCCAGCCACCACACCACCCCAGGCACUGCCCCGCCACGAUGCCAGUCCCAGCCACACCACCCCAGGCACUGCCCCGCCACGAUGCCAGUCCCAGCCACACCACCCCAGGCACUGCCUCGCCACGAUGCCAGCCCCACCCACACCACCCCAGGCACUGCCCUGCCACGGUGCCAGUCCCAGCCACACCACCCCAGGCACUGCCCCGCCACGGUGCCAGUCCCACCCACACCACCCCAGGCACUGCCCCGCCACGGUGCCAGUCCCAGCCACACCAACCCAGGCACUGCCCCGCCACAGUGCCAGUCCCAGCCACACCAACCCAGGCACUACCCUGCCACAGUGCCAGUCCCACCCACACCACCCCAGGCACUGCCCUGCCACGGUGCCAGUCCCAGCCACACCAACCCAGGCACUGCCCCGCCACGGUGCCAGUCCCAGCCACACCACCCCAGGCACUGGCCGCACUGCCCUGCCACAGUGCCAGUCCCAGUCACACCACCCCAGGCACUGCCCCGCCACGGUCCCAGUCCCACCCACACCACCCCAGGCACUGCCCUGCCACAGUGCCAGUCCCAGCCACACCACCCCAGUGCCAGUCCCAGCCACACCACCCCAGGCACUGCCCCGCCACGGUGCCAGUCCCACCCACACCACCCCAGGCACUGCCCUGUUACAGUGCCAGUCCCAGCCACACCACCCCAGGCACUGCCCUGCCACAGUGCCAGUCCCAGCUACACCACCCAAGGCACUGCCCUGCCACGGUGCCAGCCCCGCCCACACCACCCCAGGCACUGCCCUGCCACAGUGCCAGUCCCAGCUACACCACCCCAGGCACUGCCCCGCCACGGUUAUAACCAGCCCCAUCCACACCACCCCAGGCACUGCCCUGCCACAGUGCCAGUCCCAGCCACACCACCCCAGGCACUGCCCUGCCACGGUGCCAGUCCCACCCACACCACCCCAGGCACUGCCCUGCCACGGUGCCAGCCCCACCCACACCACCCCAGGCACUGCCUGCCACGGUGCCAGCCCCACCCUCACCCCCCCAGGCACUGCCCUGCCACAGUGCCAGUCCCAGCCACACCACCCCAGGCACUGCCCCGCCACGGUGCCAGUCCCACCCACACCACCCCAGGCACUGCCCUGCCACAGUGCCAGUCCCAGCCACACCACCCCAGGCACUGCCCUGCCACAGUACCAGUCCCAGCUACACCACCCCAGGCACUGCCCGCCACGGUGCCAGCCCCACCCACACCACCCCAGGCACUGCCCUGCCACAGUGCCAGUCCCAGCUACACCACCCCAGGCACUGCCCCGCCACAGUUCCAACCAGCCCCAUCCACACGACCCCAGGCACUGCCCUGCCACGGUGCCAGCCCCACCCACACCACCCCAGGCACUGCCCUGCCACAGUGCCAGUCCCAGCCACACCACCCCAGGCACUGCCCUGCCACAGUGCCAGUCCCAGCCACACCACCCCAGGCACUACCCCGCCACGGUGCCAGUCCCAGCCACAGUGCCAGUCCCAGCCACACCACCCCAGGCACUGCCCUGCCACAGUGCCAGUCCCAGCCACACCACCCCAGGCACUGCCCUGCCACAGUGCCAGUCCCAGCCACACCACCCCAGGCACUGCCCUGCCACAGUGCCAGUCCCACCCACACCUCCCCAGGCACUGUCCCGCCACGGUGCCAGUCCCAGCCACACCACCCCAGUGCCAGUCCCAGCCACCACCCCAGGCACUGCCUCGCCACGGUGCCAGUCCCAGCCACACCACCCCAGGCACUGCCCUGCCACUGUGCCAGUCCCAGCCACACCACCCCAGGCACUGCCCCGCCACGGUGCCAGUCCCACCCACACCACCCAGGCACUGCCCGCCACGGUGCCAGCCCCCCCCACACCACCCCAGGCACUGCCCUGCCACAGUGCCAGUCCCAGCUACACCACCCCAGGCACUGCCCCGCCACGGUUCCAACCAGCCCCAUCCACACCACCCCAGGCACUGCCCUGCCACAGUGCCAGUCCCAGCCACACCACCCCAGGCACUGCCCUGCCACAUGCCAGUCCCAGCCACACCACCCCAGGCACUGCCCUGCCACAGUGCCAGUCCCAGCUACACCACCCCAGGCACUGCCCACCCCCGUGCCAGCCCCACCCACACCACCCCAGGCACUGCCCUGCCACAGUGCCAGUCCCAGCUACACCACCCCAGGCACUGCCACCACAGUUCCAACCAGUCCCAGCUACACCACCCCAGGCACUGCCCUGCCACGGUGCCAGUCCCACCCACACCACCCCAGGCACUGCCCUGCCACAGUGCCAGUCCCAGCCACACCACCCCAGGCACUGCCCUGCCACAGUGCCAGUCCCAGCCACACCACCCCAGGCACUGCCCUGCCACAGUGCCAGUCCCAGCCACACCACCCAGGCCCUGCCACAGUGCCAGUCCCAGCCACACCACCCCAGGCACUGCCCUUCCACAGUGCCAGUCCCAGCCACACCACCCCAGGCACUGCCCCGCCACAGUGCCAGUCCCAGCCACCACCCCAGGCACUGCCCCGCCACGGUGCCAGUCCCACCCACACCACCCCAGGCACUGCCCUGCCACAGUGCCAGUCCCAGCUACACCACCCCAGGCGCUGCCCGCCACGGUGCCAGUCCCAGCCACACCACCCCAGUGCCAGUCCCAGCUACACCACCCGAGGCACUGCCCACCACAGUGCCAGCCCCACCCACACCACCCCAGGCACUGCCCUGCCACAGUGCCAGUCCCAGCUACACCACCCCAGGCACUGCCCCGCCACAGUUCCAACCAGCCCCAUCCACACCACCCCAGGCACUGCCCUGCCACGGUGCCAGCCCCACCCACACCACCCCAGGCACUGCCCUGCCACAGUGCCAGUCCCAGCUACACCACCCCAGGCACUGCCCCCAGAACAGUGCCAGACAGCCUGCCACACAGGCUACCAAUGCCAAUGAUUGUGACACCAGUCAUUGCAUUGUGUAA